CCAUUUCGCAAAUUCUAUGUGGAAAUUUCAAAGAAACUGCCAACAUUUCGGCAGUCUGGCAACGCUGUUGCAGAUAGCCGUUGUUGUUGUUGUAGGCGCCAAGGAGCCAAAAAAACACACCCGAACAUUUUCCCAGGCCAAGUACAAAAUGACACUGGAGUCUAAGGCACAACAUUAUUUAAAAACCCUUAAGGAGCGUUGGAUGCAGUUGCACGCGAUGCCCAACUUAUUUGCCUAUCAAUUGCCGGAGUUGAGGAAAACACGGAUAUUACCCGGCAAACAUUGUUUCCAUGCCGAAUUGAAUGCGGAUCGGUGUGUAAAACGGCGUGUGCCUCAAACAAUUGAGAGCCUGAGUCCCACAUUUAAGCCCAAGCAAUUCAACUUUAACAAAGUCAGCGAAAUGGAGGUGAUAAUGACCAUUGAGGAAUACAAGGACAAUGCCGAAGUGCAGAUGAUCAUCAACAAAAGUCCACUUACCAAAUACCAUACACUCAUCUGUCCCGAGAUGAAGAGUAAUUUGGUGCAACGUGUCACGGCGUCAGCGCUGAGUUUCUGCGUCAAUUUCAUGAGGAGCAUCAGCGAUACCGAUAUACAUUUGGGCUACAAUAGUCCAGGUGCUCUCGCCUCUGUGAAUCAUUUGCAUUUCCAUUUGGUGCACCUGCCACAGCGUCUGUAUAUCGAUGGUGUUGAGCUGCAGAAACUGGCGGGUGAUUAUGCUUAUCGCCUGAAGCAGGGCUCACCCACGGAAGCGAUUUGUUUUGUGAUUGCCGGCGGCGAUGAGGAGCAAUUGGUACGCGAGAAGAUCGCCAAUGUGCAUUGCCUGACGGAAUGGCUGUGCGAGAAUCAGUUGCCACACAAUCUCUUCAUCACCAAAGAGCGACAAAAUGGCGAUCUGCGCAUAUUUGUCUUUGCCCGUUCCCAUUAUUGUGUCGUCAAAGAUGUGGCCGCAUUUAAUGUGGGCUUCUGCGAACUGGCUGGCUUCUUGCCACUAAGCAAUGCGGAGAAAUUGCAUAGCUUGACGGAGCAGCUGGUAAUCAAGCGCAUUCAGGAUGUGACUGGAGGUGCUUACGAGUCGGUUUAUAAUCAGGUCAAGCUGAUAGUCAAUGGCGAAAGCUAUUCGAUGUGGCGGCAGCCCUUUGUUAUUUGAUAAUUAUGCAAAAUUAGGAUUAGACUAAAAAAGUACGCUCUUUUUCUUAA